GAUGGCGGAAAGAAAGCGCGUGGUCAUGAGAAGAGACUCGAUGCUGAAAUGGCGAAACCGUAAUUAAAAAGAACAUCAAGCCCAUUAAUAAAAUUGCUUUUCCUUCUUGCAUUUAUUGUAGUAAUUUAUUAUUUUUAAUUGUUUUUUAUCAAAAUUUUUUUCCUUUCUUUCACUUAUCGAAGGUCGAGGGAGGGACGGGCGCUUGCGCAGAAAAUAGAAAAAAUAAAAGGAAAGAGAGACAGCGAGAGAGAGAGAGGAAAAGAAAAGACAGAGAAACACGAAGGUUUAUUCUGCUUUGCUAAUGGCGGUUAGGGUUUUCUAUUGAUCCCCUCUUAAAGGGUCCUUAAUCUCUCCCGCCUAAUAUCUCAAGAGCCCGCGCUUUCUCUCUCUUCUCGUUUCCCAAAAACCCUAAUUCGAGGUUCCCCAAUCUCUCAAUUUAACUUCGGGUUUCGAUUCCUCGUGGUUAUUUGGGAUUCGAAAAUUUUGAAAUAGGAGAGCGAGAAGCUGCGAUGGGCGCUCACGAGAAGUCUCAAGGCAACGCCAAUUCGAUGCAGGUAAAGGUGCGAUUCUUCUUUUCCCUUUUCCAUAUUGUUAUUAGUUAUUCGAGUAAAGGUCUAUCGUUUGAAUGAGGAUGGUAAAUGGGAUGAUCAAGGAACUGGGCAUGUCGCUGUUGAUUAUUUGGAGAGAUCAGAAGAGAUGGCUUUGUUUGUUUUUGAUGAAGAAGACAAUGAGACAUUGCUUUUACACCGCAUCAGCCCCGAUGACAUUUACAGAAAGCAAGAAGAUACAAUCAUAUCCUGGAGAGACUCGGAGUAUUCUACAGAAUUAGCACUUAGUUUUCAAGAGAACACAGGAUGCUCUUACAUAUGGGACAACAUCUGUAAUGUUCAAAGAAGUAUGCAUUUCAGUUCUCUUAACAAUGAGACAUUUCACACAAUGAAUAGUGAGUUAAGGGAGCUGCCAGCUGUGGAGCUUUCCACUCUCCCCAUAAUCCUUAAGACUGUGACCGAGAGUGGCCUUGCUGAUCAGAUGCGGCUGACAGAACUUAUAUUAAAUGAUCAAGAUUUCUUCCAGAAGCUUAUGGAGCUAUUCAGAAUCUGUGAAGACUUGGAAAAUAUAGAUGGUCUUCACAUGAUAUUUAAAAUAAUCAAGGGGAUAAUUUUGCUCAACAGUCCUCAAAUUUUUGAGAAAAUUUUUGGGGAUGAAUUAAUCAUGGAUAUCAUUGGUUCCCUUGAAUAUGAUCCCGAUGUUUCUCAGGUGCAACACUAUCGGAAUUUUCUGAAAGAACAUAUUGUUUUUAAGGAGGCCAUUGUGAUUAAAAACCCGAUGGUCCUGUCAAAGAUACACCAGACUUACCGAGUUGGUUAUUUGAAGGAUGUUGUUUUGUCAAGGGUGUUGGAUGAGGCCACAGUUGCCAGUCUCAAUUCUAUAAUUCAUUCAAAUAAUGCUACUGUUAUUUCUUUGUUGAAGGAUGACAGCACCUUUAUUCAGGAAUUGUUUGCAAGUUUGAGAUCACCCACCACAUCUUCUGAAUCAAAGAAAAAUCUGGUAUAUUUCUUGCACGAAUUUUGUAGUUUAAGCAAGAGCCUGCAGAUGGUGCAGCAGCUUCGACUAUUUAGGGAUCUUAUGAAUGAAGGUAUCUUUGACAUUAUCACUGAUGCUCUGCAGAGUCAAGAUAAAAAGCUUGUACUAACUGGGACAGACAUCCUCAUAAUGUUCUUGAAUCAGGACCCAAACCUUCUGCGCCCUUAUGUUGUUCGCCAGGAAGGAAUUCCACUUUUAGGACUUUUGGUUAAAGGGAUGAUAACAGAUUUUGGGGAGGAAAUGCACUGCCAGUUUCUUGAAAUUCUUCGUAGUUUACUGGAUUCAUUCACAUUGUCAGGAGCUCAGAGAGAUACAAUUAUUGAUAUUUUUUAUGAGAAGCAUUUGGGCCAGCUAAUUGAUGUCAUAAUAUCAUCAUGUCCCUCUGAUGAGGCUGGCCUGUCAACCAGUAAAUUGGCAAGCAAUGCUGGAAGAGUUGAAAGUCAAAAUAGCACAAAGCCUGAAAUUCUAUCAAACAUAUGUGAAUUGCUGUGUUUUUGUGUUGUUCACCAUCCUUAUAGAAUAAAGUGUAAUUUUCUCCUUAACAAUGUCAUAGACAAAGUUUUGUUACUUACAAGAAGAAGGGAAAAAUACCUAGUAGUUGCUGCUGUUCGAUUUGUUCGCGCUAUUCUCUCUCGUCAUGAUGAACAUCUGAUAAGUCAUUUUGUUAAGAACGACCUUCUCAAACCAGUUGUAGAUGCUUUUGUUGCUAAUGGAAAUCGUUACAAUCUGCUGAACUCUGCAGUCUUGGAACUUUUUGAGUAUAUCCGCAAGGAAAACCUGAAAUUAUUGGUUAAAUAUAUAGUUGAUUCAUUUUGGAGCCAGUUAGUUAAGUUUGAGUAUUUGACUUCUGUUCACUCUUUGAAAGUUAAAUAUGAGCAGUGCUUGGAAAAUUGUGGAACGAAAACGAAUCUUAAUGCUUUGGACCCACGAAAACGAAUUGAUGAGCGUGCUCUGGAGAAAGAGGAGGAAGACUAUUUCAACGAGGACAGUGAUGAAGACGAUACAGCAUCUGCAUCUCAUACUCAGAAAGUACAAUCUCAGCCUGUUUUAUCCAAUGGAGUUGCUACGAGUUUCCCUUCAUUAAGCCCAAGAUCUGGCGGACUCGUUGACUAUGAUGAUGAUGAUGAGGAUGAAGACUACAGACCGCCUCCCAAGAAGCAGACUGAAACCUCCGAGGAGGAUGAAGGAACCAUGGAGUCCCUUAGGUUCAAGCGUAAGUUGACUCCUAAGGAAAAGGAGCAUGAGCUAGCUAAGAAGCAGCGUUUGGGUAAAAGCUCUUCUAAAUCAAGAGAUAGUGUAUUUGCGGCUUUGUGUUCAACCCUAAGCCAGGCAGUGCUGCCUAGUAAGAAAACUACAAACGCCAUCCCUUUAUCUACUCGAUCAGCUGAGGGGAACAAAGGUUUGGGUGAGGAAAAUCAUAAAGAGAACGAAUCUGGCAGUCCCAGAAGUUCUGAUAACAGCAGUUCAGUAGAGGACAAUCAUAUAGAGAAGGAACCUUCUGGAAACUGUUCAGAUUGCUUGCACGAUAGCCCUUCAGACAAUAGACAGUUAAGUGGAGAGGACUGUCCGUUGAUACCUCCAAAAUCCUCACCUGAAAUGGCUGUAAAUGGAUCUUAAGUGGCAACUUGUUUUCCUGUUUGUUUUCUUCGACUCAAGGAUGUGCUCGGUGACUAAACACUCUUGGGUUACCAAAGAAAAAUGUGGAGAAAUUCAGAAAGUGGAUGAUCAGGAAAUUCUGAAUUGUUUAUCGGAAGGGAUGGUUGUGUAUAGGACAACAAAGGGCUGGAAGAAAUGUACUCAAUUAUGCAGUCCAAUCAGUCUACCGAGGCCUUUCUGAU